AAACCCUACCAGGAAGAUCCACAGCGCGGGGGAGGGGGCGGGGGCGAUGGCGAGGGCGCCAGUAUAGAUCCGCCCGGCUCGAGCGCCUAGCGAUUUCCUGGGGUAUGUAGGCUCGCAGGGAUUUGGGAGUGGCCGGGGCGCGCGAUGACCUUGGCGGAGUCAUCGCGGCCGUCAUGGCCGAAUCACUCCAUGGAUUUGGGGAAAGAUAUGGAGAGAAUGGCGGUGGUGGAUCAAAAGGCAGCUCAAGAGAGUCUUUACCAGUAUUGCAAGCCGGUGGAGCUCUACAACAUCAUCCAGCGCCGAGCUAUCGUCCAGCCUAUCUUUCUCCAGCGCUCCCUGAGCUACAAGAUUCAAGCGAGACGCGAGAGACGCUGUAGGCCACUUGGAAGGGUGAUAUUUCAUUACCUAUACUACUUCAACAGGCUUCGCAAAAUUGAAGCGACGGAGAAUUUUUCGUGCCCUUUUUGCCUGGCUUGCUGCUGGACUUUCAAGGGUUUGCGUUGUCACUUGGACUCGUCGCAUGAUCGUUUCAAUUUUGAAUACUCGGCUACGGGGGAUAUCCAGGCCGUUAUUGUUACUUGUAAGAGCGCUAUCUACGGAUUCGAGAGUAUUGACAGUGACAUUGAAGUCUUGAGUGAUCCUAGACUAAAGAGUUUUUACUAUUGCUCUCAUGUUAGUUCCGUUAAAAGACAGAGGUUGAAGUCUUAUCGGCUCACUCAAACAGAACUCCGGACCAAUGGUCACCUGGAAAACGGCAAAACUUUUCUGGUGCGUAAAGGCUACGAGCAUUCUACUGGCAGUUUCAAGGAUUCAACAUGCACGACCGCUUUUGGAGCUGUGUUGCACUCGAACGGUCAUGGGGGCAACCAGCUCUUCAAGCAAGUACCAAUCUACUUGGCCGACGGUUCCUCUCAAAGGUUGGAGUCGCAGCUGAGAAAGAAGUCCGACGACACAGCGCACAAUGCAGAGGAAACUCGCUCGGUGGCGAGUACAUCAGAGAAGGAGUUGGACGCGAGGCAGGAGUUUUUGAGAACUAUCUCCUUGUCGGACAGGCGUUUUUCUCUUCCUCCGCCAAAGAAGCAGCGCGGGGAAAAGACUGGAGAAGUUUUCAAAGGUGUCCCUCCAGCUUCUGCAGCGAGCGGAAGUUUAAUCCGCGCGGGUGCAUCCCGCGAUGGUUUGGCCUUGCUUCCUCCGAAGAAGCUCGUGAGAUCCUCUGGCCCGCGGGUGGAGAAAAGCCGCAAGGUCACGAGUGAGCGCGCUGAAGCACGAAAUCGAGCUCUACUUCUGAAGCGUCAGUUCUUUCAUGCGCACACCGGUCAGCCCAUGGCAAGCGAGCAGCUAUUGUCUGACAAGGACAGCGAAGACGAGCUCGAUGAUGCAAUUGCGAGUCUGGAAGAUUGUCGGAUGCUGGACGAUUUUGUCGACGUGACCAAGGAUGAGAAGGAUGUUAUGCACCGCUGGAACGAUUUUGUUCGUAGACAAAGAGUUAUAGCCGAUGGUCAUUGUCCGUGGGCGUGUCAGGCUUUCGUAAAGCUCCAUGCGGAAGAGUUUCGCAAAUCUCCUUCUCUGCGCAGGUGCUUCAUGUUCCUACUUGUCAAGUUCUGGAACAACCAUUUGAUCGAUGGGCAGGUCAUGAAUGACUGUCUAUCUACAAUUGACGUGUUGGGGCAUUAAACUUCCCUGACGAAAGAAAGAAGAAGAGGGAGAAAUUCAUUUAAUUACAAGCUUCCAAAAUGUUACUGGCG